AUGGCGGCGGCGCGGGCGCUCUGGCGGCCCGUCCUGCCCGCCCCGCAGGGUUGCGGCCGGCUCUGGGCGCGGACGGGGAGCGCGGCCGUCCCCCCUCCUCGUGGCGCCUCGCCGGGCGCGCGGAGCCCCUUCGACCGGCGGCUGAAGCGGAAGCAGAAGAACUGGGCGGCGCUGCGGCCGCGGCCGGCCGAGUGCGAGUACCUGCGGGACGAGGUCGGCGGCGGCGUGGCGGACCGGGUGCUCGACAUCCCCAGGACGUUCCGUCUGGCUUUGGACCUCGGCUCCGGGAGAGGUUACAUCGCCCGGCACCUGAACCGGGAGGUCGUUGAAAAACUCGUUCAGGUCGAUAUUGCGGAGAAUGUUUUCAAAAACGCUGUGGAGUCCGAAAUCCCUACAGUCAGCGUGGUGGCUGAUGAGGAGUUCCUGCCUUUCAAAGAAGACACGUUUGAUCUUGUUGUGAGCAGCUUGAGUUUACACUGGGUGAACGACCUUCCUAAAGCUUUUAGAGAGAUACACCAAGUUCUUAAGCCAGAUGGAGUCUUCAUUGGCGCAAUGUUUGGGGGAGACACUCUGUAUGAGCUUCGCUGCUCUUUGCAGCUAGCAGAAUUGGAGAGAGAAGGGGGAUUUUCUCCUCAUGUGUCACCAUUUGUUGCUGUGUCAGAUUUGGGACAUCUCCUGUCAAGAGCUGGGUUUAACACACUGACUGUGGAUACUGAUGAAAUUCAAGUAAACUAUCCAGGGUUAUUUGAGGUUAUGGAAGACUUGCAAGGUAUGGGAGAAAGUAAUUGCUCUUGGAAUAGAAAACCUCUGCUACACAGGGAUACAAUGUUGGCAGCUGCAGCAAUAUACCAAGAGAUGUAUGGCAAUGGUGAUGGCUCAGUACCUGCCACUUUUCAGAUCUUCUACAUGAUUGGAUGGAAAUUCCACGAGUCACAGGCAAAACCUGCACAGAGAGGUUCUGCGACAGUUUCAUUGGGAGAUCUGGCAAAAAUAGAUAAACUUCUUCAUCAGAAAUAAAAGUUGAUUUUGAGCUCCUAUAAAA